CUUUCCGAUUUUUGAAUCCCGCGCAAUAUCUUAGCACACCAAUUCUCUUCUUCUCAUUCUUCUUAUUCUUAGGGCUUAAUAAUUUUUCAUCCAUUUUUCUCGCACCCUAAUUCUCCCUCGCCGCGACUCCAAUUCAUAACCGCUCCGAUGAUGGAGGACAACUCCAAUUUCGACGCCGCCGCCAGCGAUUCGUCCAGACCUCCGUCCUCUUUCGUUAAGAAAGGCGACCGUCAAAUUUUCACCGUCGAGCUCCGGCAAGGAGAGACCACAAUAGUAUCGUGGAAGAAACUUGUUAAAGACGCCAAUAAGGUCAACAGUGGAUCCUUUUCCGCUACCGAGCAACUUCCAAAACUGAACCCUGCGCUCGAAGCUAGAAUCGCUCCUGGGCAAGCUGAGAUUAAAGAACAAGAUGCUCCCCAGACAAACCGGUUCAGUGCUGUCAUAGAGAAGAUUGAACGGCUUUACAUGGGUAACGAUAGUAGUGACGAGGAGGAUCUGCCUGACAUUCCUGAUGAUCAGUAUGAUACAGAAGACUCUUUCAUUGAUGAUGCUGAGCUGGAUGAAUAUUUUGAGGUUGAUAAUUCUGCAAUCAAACAUGAUGGUUUCUUUGUAAACAGGGGGAAAUUGGAACGCAUUGCAAGAAAUGAACCUCCAGUCUCACCUAAUCAGCCAACAAAGAAAAGGCGGCGGAAAGAUAUACCAAAGAAUUCUGGUGAAAAUGUUGAUGGCCAUGUAUCAAAUAAACAUGCAAAAGUGGGCAAGACAGCUGCUGGAAAGACUGCAUCAUUACCUGUGAAUAAUAAAUCUAAUUCCUCAAAAAAAUUGGCCGUUCCUGGUGAACAUCAUGAAGACCUGAAAUCUCAGAAUCAGUUGGAGAUCUCUGGAAUUAAUUUGAAAAAGAAAACGGCUGAUAUCAGACCAAUUUCAGAUUCUUUUCUUUGUUUGAAAGUAUCAAAUAAUGAUGUUCCUUCUGUGGUAGAAACAAAAGAUGCUGAUAAACAGAAGACAGGAGUUCUUCAAUCUAAGAAUACAAAGGAUAAGUAUAAAGAUGCAAGUGCAGUGCUUGAUACUUCUCAACAGAAGUUCCAAGAAAAAAGUGUUUAUGUACAUUCGAAAUCCCAAUCUGGAAGGAACCCAAGUAGUGUUGAUGAUUUGAAAAAUACAGGUCGAUCAAAAGAUAAAAAUGGCACCCAUGAAUUACCAGAUCUUAACUUGUCUGAGGGAAAAUCUGUGAUGCAAACACCAAAAUCUAAAAACUUACUCAAAAAAGAUUGCUCCAGUGUUGCGUCAAAAUCUACAAUGCUUGAGAAAGCCAUUCGAGAUUUGGAGAAAACGGUUGCAGUGUCAAGGCCACCAACUAUGGACAACCAGGAGGUUGAUAACACAUCCCAGACUAUCAAACGGAGAUUACCUAGGGAAAUAAAGCUAAAACUUGCUAAAGUUGCUAGAUUAGCGCAGGCAAGCCAAGGGAAAGUAUCAACGGAGUUGAUUAAUCGUCUUAUGAGUAGUCUUGGGCACCUGAUUCAGCUCAGAACACUAAAGAGAAACUUAAAAGUUAUGAUCAAUAUGGGUUUGUCUGCAAAGAAAGAGAAAGAUGAUAGGUUUCAACAAAUAAAGAAGGAUGUUGUUGAGAUGAUUAAGAUUGAGGCCCCAUCUAUGGAAUCUGAGGAGCAAGCUGGAGCAUCUGGGGAUCAAGAAUUGGGUCCUGAUGGAAAAGCAAUAUCUAAAAGGACUUUUAGUAUGGACACUGCAUUGGAAGAGAAGAUUUGUGAUCUCUAUGACCUUUUUGUUGAUGGGUUGGAUGAAACUGCAGGUCCGCAAAUCAGAAAAUUGUAUGCUGAGCUUGCAGAACUAUGGCCAAAAGGUAACAUGGAUAACCAUGGGAUCAAACGCGCAAUUUGUAGGGCAAAAGAGAGGCGCAGAGCACUACACAAUAGAAAUAAGGACCAGGAAAAAAUUAAGAGGAAAAAGUUAUUGACACCAAAGCAUGAAGAGAAUGUUCAGUUUGAUGCUAGCUCACAACAGAAUGUGCAAAAGCGAUUAGCUCCAGAAUCUAGCAGUCAUCCUUCAUUGAAUAAGGCAGUUUCUAAUACAGUUGCAGAUGUCCGGGUUCUCCAUCCUCCUGUGAAUGGUUCGAAAAAAGAAAAAGUGAAGGGGAGUUCAAGCUGUUCCCCGGCUGAUGUCAGGGUUGCAGACGGUGCUUUAAUUAAGAAGAAGGAAAAAAAGAGAAAGACAGAACAUGAGUUGGAAGGAACUCGUUUUCGCCCAGAGAAGCUAGCUUCAUUGCAGGAAAAAGAAAGCCCCAGGUCCUUAAAACAGUCUCCAGGGGUUCCUCCCAAAUCAAAUCUUCAUCCUACAUCUCUACCUGGUCUUGAACAAUCAAGCUAACAUGGUAUCAACUAGGAUGUUCACACAAUAGAAUGUGUGUAUCACAGUUUUUGUUGUCACCUAUAUCUCUGCUGCACCCCUUCAGUCCUUCCCUCACCAAAUCAAACUAUAACCUCAUUGAUUAUUACCAUUUUUGUAAUUAGAUGGCCUUGCCCUUGCAAAGUUCCGUCAAAUAUAGGUAAUAGCUUUGUUGAUUGUUGGUGAUCCAAGGUGGUGGUGAUUCUCCGGUCAGUAUGCAAAUUUGAUUUAUUGAUUAGAACAGGAUUUACUGUGAAUUGGGAUUCAGUAUAAAAUGUGCUUUAGACACAUGUCGUGAACAUUCUUUACAUGGUUGGAAAGUUGUUUUGGCAACUAGACAUCUUUUUUGGGUAAAUCUAUGUAAUUGUAGAAACAAAUUUUACAUAGAUUUAUUCAAGGGGUUGAUAUUUAUCGUCAUUUUUCUUAUGAAUUGGUUAGGAUUCCUAAUCAAAUGUUUU